UGUUUGACGCGCUCUCCUCUCUCCGAGUCUCACAGUGAAAGAUGGCGUUCACGUUUGCGGCCUUUUGUUAUAUGCUGGCAUUGCUGCUCACAGCGGCACUCAUCUUCUUCGCCAUCUGGCACAUUAUAGCAUUUGAUGAGCUAAAGACGGACUACAAGAACCCUAUAGACCAAUGCAACACGUUGAAUCCUCUGGUGCUCCCAGAGUACCUGAUCCAUGUGUUCUUCUGCAUCAUGUUCCUGUGUGCGACGGAGUGGCUAUCGCUGGGACUCAACAUGCCGCUGCUCGCCUACCACGUGUGGAGGUACAUGAGCAGGCCGGUAAUGAGCGGCCCUGGCCUCUACGAUCCCACCACAAUCAUGAACGCUGACAUUCUAGCAUUCUGUCAAAAAGAGGGCUGGUGCAAGCUUGCUUUUUACCUGCUGUCCUUUUUCUACUAUCUCUACGGAAUGAUCUACGUUCUGGUGAGCUCCUAAAACCAGCUUGGCUGUAGUCAUGGGGGGAGGGGGGGUUGGGAAAGAGGAAAUAAAUAAAUACAAAAACAAACAAAACUGCAUCAAAACUAAAUGCAAACUACACCAAUCCACUGGCGAUCUGCAGGGAAGAGCCACGCUUUCUAUUUGUGGAAGAUUUUGCCUACGCAGUCAAAACAACAGUAAUAAUAAUGGAACCGACAACCCCAGCUGUCCCUCUUCAUCACUGAGGAAAUGAGUUCUCCUGCUUCUUAAAGAAAUCUUGUUGCCCGAGCUUCAUCCUUCCUUUUUGCAGCCCAUCAUGUCAGAGACUAUUGAAGAUGUUUGGGACUUUAGAUCAUUAUUUAGUUAUUUUGAUUAUUUUGAUGGAAAUUUAAACUCAAUAUUCGAUAUUGCCUUUAUUGUUUUUCCUUUCUCGUAUUUAACUUUUAUCAACAAUCGCUGAUCCUGAUUGUACUUUGAUGUGACAGAAGUUUGGGGGUUUUUUUGUGCGUGUGUCUACUAUUCUUCUUGAUGCUUGGCAUGUUAGCAGUAGAUCAAGACCACAACCACAUUGCUGUAAUAAAUUGUAAGGAGCAAUCUUUUUACACAAUGAUUUAUUUUGUGCAUCUUUUGAACUCCACUCAAGUGACUAUCAGUAGUGUGUGUGGCUCAGACUGUUUUAUAUUAAAAAAAAAAAAAAAAAGCGAGCCAUGCUGCUUUUGCUUGUUUUGUUUUUUGCGUUUGACUGAUGUGGCAUCCAUAACAGAACAGUUCAAUAUCCUGAUCUUUUUGCUGGGCUGGUGUAAACCUCUUUCUACCUGGUUCGAUGAAACGAGCAUCAAGACCAUUUAGUUUUGUCAAAAUACACUCCAGCAGGGGGCUCCUGAGUGGCACAUCCACUAAAGAUGCGCCCUCCAGCCUGGACGUCACAGUUGGACUCCAGGCUAUUCCUGGGAGUUCCCAAGGGGUGGCACACAAUUGUCCAUGCGCCGCCUGGGGGGGGAGGGGUGUGUGUUUGGGUUGGC